AAAAUCUGACACAUUAGAAUGACUUAAUAUUAUUUUACUAAUGAGAACUAUUUGUUUACAUUUAUUAUUUUAAUGGAUAAAUUAUUAUGGAUGCCAGAGAAUCAACAGAAGGCAAAAUAAUAAUAUUAGACAGGGGAGACUACACUACGUGUACCUUAAACCUCCAAGGAGCUACAGUUGUUUCCUGGAGGAUUAACAACGAAGAACAAUUGUUCAUAAGUCGAAGAUGUCCAUUCUCGAAGUUUAAAAACAUCCGAGGAGGAGUUCGCUUGGUAUGGCCACACUAUUCUUUAUGGAGCUUUGGAAGACGACAUGGGUUUGGUAGAGAUAUGCUAUGGAAAGUAGUAAAAGGACCUGAGAUUUUACCCAACGGAGAUGUGUUUGUCGACAUUGGUGUUAUAGCAAAUCAGUACACGAAGUCUAUGUGGAAUUAUGAUUUUGAAAUGCACCACAGAAUAACCCUACAUUCAAGUCAACUCACAAUGGCCUACACCGUUAUAAAUCCAAGUCCAUAUUUCGACUUCGAUUUCCACAUAAACCUUCAGACCUACGUGAGACUAUCAGACGUUAGUAACCUGCGAAUUGUAGGUCUUCAAAACUGCCCUUACGAUGAUCAGCUUAUAACAGACGGAACUUGUAUGUUCAUAGAAAAAUAUAAGGAAAUUAAGGUCCAAGGAGAGUUUGAUAGGAUCUAUCAAGAGGUGCCGAAAAUAGUUAAUUGUUAUAUGGAAGGAAAUAAACAGCUUAGUAUAUCUCUUCAUAAUCUUUCAGAUUUGGGUUUUUUCAACCCUGGGCCAGAAAAGACGAAAACUAUGGAAGAUUUGGACGACGAUGAAUGGAAAUACUUUUUGUGCUUCGAACCUGCCCAUGUGUCUAGUAUGGUUCGACUUGGAAAAGGUGAAAGUUGGAACAUGUCUGUUACUAUGGAAGUAAGAAGAACUGAUGAGAAGGAAAUUCAGUACAAGAAUUUCUACGACUACUUUGACGACUACUGCUAGAAUCACUGUAAU